UCCUUAAGGUGAUUAGGGGUCUUUAAGGUGGCGAUUAGGGGUCUUUAAGGUGGCGGUUAGGGGUCCUUAAGGUCAUUAAGGUGGUGGAUAGGGGUCCUUUUCCGUGAUAGUUUAUUGUCAGACAACGAAAUGAAGAGGAAGUCCAACCAACCCCAGCAGUCAAAAUGUGCCGGCACCAUCACAUACCGCCCAAAGACCACCGAGGCGGUCUCUGUGGCUGCUACAGAACCACACAGAGUCUCAGAACCAGCUGUGGCAAAACCAAGACACCUGUCUAUGUCCCAUCACAGCCUCAGCCUCCUCAGGUUCCUGAACGAGGACCGGAACAGGGAGCGGUUCUGUGACGUGUCUGUGGCUGUGGGCGGUAACAUCUAUAAAGCCCACAAAGUGGUGCUGGCCCAGGGCAGCAGCUACUUCCACGCAGAGCUGUCCAAGAACCCCUCCACGGGGCGGGUCACCCUGGACCACGUGGACGAGUCUGUGUUCAGACACCUCCUGGGCUUCCUCUACACCUCUGAGUGUGUGGUGGCCGAGGCGGAGGUCCCAGCUCUCAUGAAGGCGGCUCGCUUCCUGGACAUGAUGGAGGUGCUAAAGCUGCUGUGUGUGGAGGUAGGGGACGUUUGCCGGUCCCAGACGGAGAGGGACCAGGAGGUGGGGACUACUGGGACCACCGGGCGUCCAGAGGGGAUGGUCCGUGAGGAUCCACCAACCAGCACUGCAUGCUCCAUGUGUGGCCGCAGGCUGUGCAGCAUGAAGUCCCUGCAGAACCACAUGGUCCGGAGUCACGGGCUCCAACGCCGCGGGGAGCCGGCCCAGGAGCGGCCCGGGCCCACCACGGGGCCGGCUGAGACGGCUACCGGGGCCCGGAGGUCAGCUCGCAGCCGGAAGACCCCCGCCAAGUACAAGAGGGAUUUGCUCACGGUGUACCCCCUGGCUAAGCCCAAAGAGAAGCCCCCCACCUCGUCAGCAAAAGAGGAGGACGAGGAUGAGGAAGACGAGGAGGAGGAGGAAGAAGAAAAAAGGGAAGGAGACACACUCAUGAAAAAGCCUAACCCUAAAUUGGACUUGAGCGAGACGUUGCAGUUUCAGACGGACAAUGAGGAGGAGGGAGUGAGGAUGAGGGAGGGGAGCGAGGCAGGGGUCGGAGGUGAAGGCUCGCUGAAGCGUGCAAAAUGGCAGCAGAGUUCUUCAGAAGCCGACGCUAAGCUGGGCCUCUCCGGGCCCCCAGGGGCCCCGGCCGUGAAGAAUGUCCCCCAGGCUCCGGUGUACCCUGAGGGUCUGGCCCCCAUCCUCAUCCACCAGGCCAACAAGAAGAUCCUCAAGUGCCCCAAAUGUGAGAAGACCUUUGACCGUGCAGGGAAGUACGAGAGUCACACCAGGGUGCACACGGGCGAGAAGCCCUUCCAGUGCGACGUCUGUCUCCAGCGCUACUCCACAAACUCCAACCUGACGGUGCACAAGAAGAAGCACGCGGGCGACUCGCAGCUCCAGAAGAAGGAUCACAAGUGUCCUUUCUGCAGCAAGCUGCACGCCAGCCGCAAGACGCUCACCAAGCACGUCAGGAGAUUUCACCCCGACCAGAUGCAGGAGUUUCUUGCCAUGCGCACCAAGAAGAGUGACGGCUGGAAAUGUGCGGUGUGUCUGAAGACCUUCACACGCAGGCCUCACCUUGAAGAACACAUGAUCCUACACAGCCAGGACCGGCCCUUCAAAUGCACCUUCUGUGACCAACACUUUAAGUCCAGGUUCGCCCGACUGAAGCACCAGGAAAAGUUUCAUUUGGGUCCAUUUCCCUGUGGGAUCUGCGGCCGACAGUUCAACGACACGGGCAACAGAAAGAGGCACAUCGAGUGUACCCAUGGGGGCAAACGGAAAUGGACCUGCCCCGUUUGCGGGAAAUCUGUGAGGGAGCGGACCACCCUGAAGGAGCACCUGAGGAUCCACAGCGGGGAGAGACCCCACCUCUGCAGCAUCUGUGGCCAGAGCUUCCGCCACGGCAGCUCGUACAGGCUCCACCUCAGAAUGCACCACGAUGACAAGCGCUACGAGUGUGAGGAAUGCGGGAAGACAUUCAUUCGCCACGACCACCUGACCAAACACCAGAAAACUCACUCUGGGGAGAAAGCGCACCAGUGUGAGCAAUGUGGGAAGUGUUUCAGAAGGCCCGACCAUCUGACGGUCCACUACAAAACCGUGCAUCUGGGAGAGAAAGUGUGGCAGAAGUAUAAAACUGCGAUGCACGAGUGUGAGGUUUGCAAGAAAGAAUUCAAAGGGAAGUCCAGCCUUGAAAUGCACUUCAGGACACACUCUGGUGAGAAGCCUUACUGGUGCUCCGAGUGCCACCAGAGCUUCCGCAUCAAGAAGACGCUGACCAAGCACAUGGUGACCCACUCCGACGCACGCCCCUUUAACUGCCCCCACUGCAGCGCCACCUUUAAGAGGAAGGACAAGCUCAAGUACCAUGUGGACCACGUGCACGUCAUCAACACGGUGGUCCUCGAUGCCGACAAGUUGGCCGCCGCCGCCGCCGCCACUCUCCCCCCGUACAGGGAUGCGCAGAAGGGGUACCAGGCCGAGUCCGGCGAACCGCCACGGCACGCGGCCGCGGUCAAUGGCAGUCCUCCGAUGACGCUGGCGCCCAUCCCCAUGUCUGCCGACUCUGCCGUGCAGCAGAGAGGGGGCUUGGAGGGCAGUGGCGGACAUCAGAGCCCCCUGUCCCCCCAGCCAUCCCCCGGCGUCCUCCCCAUGCACCCCCAGGGCCCGCUGCCUCCCGGCGUCCUCCCCAUGCACCCCCAGGGCUCGCCCCCGGCCGCUGCCUAUCAGGCGGCCGCCGAGGCCUUCCUGGAGAAGUACGCCCUUACCCCGCAGCCCACGGCCGUGCUCCACACCGUGCGCUCCCACCACAUGCUGGACCCCCGGGAGCAGUCCUACCUCGGGACGCUGCUGGGGCUGGACCCGGCGGCGCCCGGCUUGGACCACGCUCACUGACCAGCCUCGGGGGGGGGCCCCGGCUCGGACCACGCUCACUGACCGGCCUCGGGGGGGCCCCGGCUCGGACCACGCUCACUGACCGGCCUCGGGGGGGCCCCGGCUCGGACCACGCUCACUGACCGGCCUCGGGGGGGGCCCCGGCUCGGACCACGCUCACUGACCGGCCUCGGGGGGGGCCCCGGCUCGGACCACGCUCACUGACCGGCCUCUGGGGCCCCGGCUCGGACCACACUCACUGACCAGCCUCUUGGGCCCCGGCUCGGACCACGCUCACUGUCCGGCCUUGGGGGGGGGCCCCGGCUCGAACCACGCUCACUGACUGGCCUCUUGGGAGGGAGGAACACUUUGACCGUCAUAUGAGCUAACAUCGCCUUACAUCAUUGUUGAGUAGUCAAUUUUGAUUGGUCAAUAACGUUUCAAGGGUAUGCAUUUUUUUUUUUUAAGUCCUCCCCAUGCACCCCCAGGGCUCGCCCCCGGCCGCUGCCUACCAGGCGGCCGCCGAGGCCUUCCUGGAGAAGUACGCCCUUACCCCGCAGCCCACGGCCGUGCUCCACACCGUGCGCUCCCACCACAUGCUGGACCCCCGGGAGCAGUCCUACCUCGUGACGCUGCUGGGGCUGGACCCGGCGGCGCCCGGCUUGGACCACGCUCACUGACCAGCCUCGGGGGGGGGCUCCGGCUCGGACCACGCUCACUGACCGGCCUCGGGGGGGCCCCGGCUCGGACCACGCUCACUGACCGGCCUCGGGGGGGCCCCGGCUCGGACCACGCUCACUGACCGGCCUCGGGGGGGGCCCCGGCUCAGACCACGCUCACUGACCGGCCUCUGGGGCCCCGGCUCGGACCACACUCACUGACCAGCCUCUUGGGCCCCGGCUCGGACCACGCUCACUGUCCGGCCUUGGGGGGGGGCCCAGGCUCGAACCACGCUCACUGACUGGCCUCUUGGGAGGGAGGAACACUUUGACCGUCAUAUGAGCUAACAUCGCCUUACAUCAUUGUUGAGUAGUCAAUUUUGAUUGGUCAAUAACGUUUCAAGGGUAUGCAUUUUUAUUUUUUAAGUGAUUGGAAACCAUCACUUAAGGGGAGGAAAAGGGAAGCCUUUUAACCGUGUCAAAUCAAUGCACUACAAAACAUUAACAACAAAGGUCAAAGUAUUGUUGACCGGAUGUCUGCUCGACGACAACACAAUCACAUUCGCUGCAGAAGAAUAUUUAAAUUUCGGCAAUGUUCAAUGUUCCUUUUCUCCUUCGUGCAGCAUUCAAAUAAGAGGUCCCUACUGGUCCGGGUACUAAAGUAUAAUCCGUAUUCCCAGCACAAUCCUUAAGUGGAUGAAUGAUAAUACAUUGUCCAUGUUUUUUUCAAUGUCCAUGAACUUCAAGAAUAUCAAGUAGAUCAAACUAGAAAAACAGCCUCUAUUUUUUUUGUUGUCAGGCACUAACCCUAACCAAAAACGAGAAAUCGAUUUGAAUUAUCCUUACAAAUUGAAGACCACAAGUGAGUGGAAUCAGAGAGGGUAAACCGGAAGUAAACUUAAACCAUGAAAAUGAUCAGAUUAAGCUAGAUACCUCAUUAGUGUGAUCUAUAGUGAUAAUAUUGUAAUUGAGUGGCAUUAGUUAUUGUGGAAAGUGUUACCUCUAUCUGCUACCUAAAUAAAGAACAUCUAUAAAUCACCA